GGAGGAGGCGGGGCCUGGGCCAGCCCGGAAGUGGAUCCGGAAGCCCCGAGAGGAGGAGGAGGAAGAUGGAGCAGCAGCAACUGCGCGGCGUGAGAGGCGGGCGGCGGCGGCGGGGGGGGGGCGGCGGGGGGGGGAGGCGGGCGGGGAGCCGGCGGAGACUCUCCUCCGGGCGACACGCGUCGGCGGGGCUCGUGGGGAUGCGCGGGGGGGGGGUCCCCUUCCUUCCUUCCCUCCUUCCCAGCUUGGCCUUGUCGUUGCAGCUGCGCGACUUCCUGCUGGCCUACAACCAGAUGACGGAGCUCUGCUUCCAGCGCUGCGUCUCCAACCUGAACUACCGGACGCUGACCGGCGAGGAGGUGAGCGGGGCGCCGGGAGGGAGGGCGGGAGGGCGGGGAGCGGGGCGCCGGGACCCCGAGACCCCGGCCGGGCUGAGCCCUCCCUCUCUCUCUCUCUCUCCCCGCAGGAGAGCUGCCUGGACGGCUGCGCGGGGAAGCUGGUGCGCUCCAACCACCGCCUGAUGGCCGCCUACGUCCGCCUCAUGCCCUCGCUGGUCCAGCGCCGCAUCUCCGACUACGAGGCCGCCGCCCAGGAAGCGGCCCUCCCGCCCGCGGAGCCUCCCGCCCUGCCGGCGCCCAGCGUGGUCAGCGCCUCCUGACGGCCCCUCCGGGCUGCUUGGUCUCUCCCCGACGGCAGGGCCCCGGCUGCUUCGUGGCUGCCGCUCCAGGGAGCCCCUCACCGGGCCGCUUGCCCUCAGAGAUGCCCCCCUCCAGACUGGACAGCUGCUCCUUCUGGGGCCCAUCUCUCCAGGAGCAUCCCAGAGCACACCGUUUCCGGGGACAAUAAAACCCC